AGUGAUCAAGAGGGAUAACUCUAGACCGACUGACGUUUCGCCUCUAUUCCAGUAUGGCCGGUCGUCUUGGUAAUCCCGGCGACCAAAUGCUCGGCUCACCUUCAACCGGUAGCCAGGUCCUUAUGAAACAACCGAAGACAACGGAACUCUUCCACGCUCGGGACAUAAUAGUAGACGUCGGGAACCGAAAUAACGCAAUGGCCAUAAAUCCGAUUCGAGCUCGUCGUUUCCAACACGCUGGAGGACACGGACACAUACACAGACACUACAACCUUACUCUGGACCUGUCCCGGUUAUCCGCCGAUCAACAACGAUGGCUAAAGGAACACCAACGACUCCACGAGAAACACAGAGGACAUGAAACCAUGCACUUAGAAAUGAUACUCAUUCUACUCGCAACACUCGUCGUUGCUCAGUUUCUGUUAGUUCAAUGGAAAGAGAGACACUUCCGAUCUUUCAAACGAGCUACUCUCCUGGGAAUGUGGCUCAUUCCCUUAGCUUUUAGUAUCAAAUUCCACUGGUACCGUUUUGUUAUUGUUUGGAUAAUAUUCUCCGUGGUGACAGCUUUUGUCACUCUGAAAGCCACGGCGAAACCGUUGUCCGGAAAUACUCCCCGCCUUGUUUAUAAGUGGUUUCUUUUUCUCUAUAAACUAAGUUACACGAUGGGAUUAAUCGGAUACUUCAUCAUAAUGUUCACCAUCUUCGGCUUGAACCUCCUCUUUCUCAUCCGAUUUCAAGCUGCCAUGGAUUUUGCGAUGCUGAUCUUGUUUUAUGGUCUUUAUUUCGGAGUUGUCGGACGGGACUUUGCCGAGGUGUGCUCCGAUACCAUGGCCGCACACAUCGGUUUCUAUACACCUUCUGGUCUCCCCAACCGCGACUACGACUGGCGGCUUUGCGCUGUUUGUGGCAAUCCUACGUCGGUGAGCUCCGAUCGGACAUCCUCGGACGACAGCAGAUAUUUGGAACAUCGGAACGACAUCGACUCAGAUAGCGACGAUCCGGACAACGUUCGACCGGUGGUUGCUGCCGAGAAGAUCUGCAAGUUAACCUGUGGUCACUCCUUCCACGAGUUCUGUAUCCGCGGAUGGUGUAUUGUCGGUAAAAAACAAACUUGCCCCUACUGCAAAGAGAAAGUGGAUUUAAAACGCAUGUUUCCCAGUCCGUGGGAGCGUCCCCACGUAUUGUACGGAAACCUUUUGGACUGGAUUCGUUAUUUGGUAGUUUGGCAACCGGUGAUUAUAGUUCUGGUACAAGGAAUCAACUGGAUUCUAGGCCUGGAAUAACCACCCACAAUGUUUCACUAAACACACAAACACAAACUGUAUUACGUCAAUUAGACGUGAGAUUGUUUCGGUUUAUCUUUUUCUCUUGUUUUAUAUUUUAUAUUUUUUUUAAACAGAUGAUGGUAUUUGAGAAUUGUUAUAAAGUUUCUGUCUAUUCUAUGUUGACAUGUGUAAAUAUAA